UUGGGUCUAGAUAGACACGUUAGGACUCACUCACCACCACCACCACCCAACUCUAAAGAUGAAGACUGCUUGCUUGGCUAUGUGCGCUGCUGGAGCGCAGGCUUUCGUGGCACCCAGCGCCUUCAACGGUGCCGCGGUGACCGCCCCGGCCAAGUCUUCCUCGGCCAUGAAGAUGUCGUUCGAGUCCGAGCUCGGCGCGCAGCCCCCCCUCGGCUUCUUUGACCCCCUUGGCCUCCUCAUCGACCAGGACCAGGAGCGCUUCGACCGCCUCCGGUACGUGGAGGUGAAGCACGGCCGCAUUUCGAUGCUCGCGGUGGCCGGCCACCUGGUGGCGCAGAACUACAGAUUCCCGGGGUACCUGUCGUACGACGCGAAGCUCACCUUCGCGGACAUGCCGAACGGCGUGGCGGCUAUCUCCAAGAUCCCGCCGCUCGGGCUCGCCCAGAUCGUUGCCUUCAUCGGCUUCCUGGAGCUGAACGUGAUGAAGAACGUGGAGGGCUCCUUCCCCGGUGACAUGACCAUCGGCGGCAACCCAUUCGGGGCUCAGUGGGACAAGAUGUCCGAGGAGACUAAGCUCUCCAAGCGCGCGAUCGAGCUCAACAACGGCCGCGCCGCACAGAUGGGUAUCCUCGCCAUGAUGAUCCACGAAGAGAUCUCCAACCAGCCCUACAUCAUCAACGACCUCCUCAACGCGCCCUACACCUUCAACUAAGCGCUUUUGGGGGGCUUCCGUUGUUUUUUGUUAGCACUCACUCCUCUCUGGCCAUGUGGGAGCUUUAGUAGAACUUUUUACGGGGCGCGGGAUUUGAGUCUGGAGGUUGUGUCGACCAAUAAGUGAUGUUUUGUGGUCGCGCUCUUGGACAGCCAGCGUGCCUGCCAUGCUACGUCGUUGGCAAUAACGCGAAUGCGUCCGCAUUGUGGCUUCCGAUUCUGGAACUAAGCAACCAGCAACUAUAUACCGGUUGGCGUCGCGGAAGGUCAAAAGCUUCGUCGUUGUUGGCUAUUAGCGUGGAGUGUGGUUUAGGCGGAAAUUAUUUCGAGUUCACCUGUUUUUAGAUUAGCGCACAACAGUGUGCAAGGAGAAAGAACGUCUUAAGUGGUGGCACAAUUUGCCGUGUUGUCUGUCGCCAUGUGGUUUUCGUCGAAGCCUAAAAAAAAAAAAGUUGAACAUGCAUGAACCGCGAUGUGGUUUGGAAGGUUGUGUUGUUACCUCCGCCUUAACCGGCUCUGCACCCGAUCCUUGCUAGCGAACACGUGUGUUGUCGCACGUAUUGAACCAACUGCGCCUACCGAAUAGAGGCCGGUGUUGCUAGAUGACCCUGGCGGUUUAUGCUCGGCAUGCACCAGAAAGCCCUGCGGUCAUGUUGCUA